UCCGAGGGCCCGGGCUCCCCGAGGCGGGAGGAACAGCGCGGAGCGGUUGGGGUUCGCAACUCCCUGAAGAGAGGGCUUUGGAUUUCAGUUAAGUUCCUUAUGUCUUCCCCUGAAAUUGCUUCCCUUUCAUGGGGGCAGAUGAAAGUACAAGGCUCUACUAAAAUCUAUAAGGACUGCAAAGUGUGGCCAGGGGGAAGUCGGGAUUGGGAUUGGAGAGAAACAGGAACUGAGCAUUCUCCUGGUGUGCAGCCUGCAGAUGUGGAGGAGGUUGUCAAGAAGGGUGUGCAGACACUUGUGAUUGGCCGAGGGAUGAGUGAGGCCUUGAAGGUGCCCCCAUCAACCCUGGAGUACCUUGAGAAACAAGGCAUUGAUGUACGAGUACUCCAGACAGAGAAGGCCGUAAAGGAGUACAAUGCCUUGGCUGCCCAAGGUGUCAAGGUCGGAGGGGUCUUCCAUUCCACCUGCUGAUGAAGCCUUAAAUCAAAUCACUGUCCUCGCCAAUAUGGCUCAGUUGGUUGGAGCAUCAUCUGUGCACCAGAAGGUUGUGGGUUCAUUCCCCAGUUGGGGUUGCACAGCCCUCACUGCUCACAUUUAAUUUCUUCUGGCUUGAGUGGUUUCUAAGAGAAGUCUACCAAGUGCUAGCUUAAAGAAGUUCCAGGGGAGAAAGGGCUGCUUGGCACCAGCCAUGAAGAUCCACAGGUGUCCACAGUAAAUCUACAAAUUCUUGUUUGAAGAAAGUUCCAAAAUGAGAGGAAGAAGCUUGAGAAGUGACAUAUUCCCAGUCCCACAACCCCUCUCCCUUUCCAAUGAUCCCCCUUUUCAGAGCUGCGCUUCCCAUUCCCCUCCCCGAUCUCUUUGUUACGCUUUCCAUCUCCAUCUUUACAAAAGCCUCUGCCUGCAUUGAGAUUAUUAAGGUGGCUUUUGGAGGACUGGAAAAGUCCCCCAUUCAAGAUGCUGGCAUUCAAAUAAACAUCUUUUCUUUUUCACCA